AAAAAACCCGCAUAACUACUGACAUGUGGCUGUAAUUAGGAUAGGAGGAUAGCAGAGAGAAGGGAUUUGCGGGUUAAACAGACUGUUGCCACGUUCACAAAUGUUUCUCUUGAAUCUCUCAGAUGUCAUGCGACUACUGGAUUUUUGGAUGGUGAUUCAUAAACUGUCCUUGGAAGUAUUCAAGAAGACAUUGAGAAAAUCCCUACUACACUGAUAAAAGAGGUAGAUCAGAUUGGCCUACAAGUAAAUGAAGACAAAAAAAAGUAUAUGAUAAUGAGCCGAAAAUUCCUCAGGUGUAACACAUACCGUCACGAACAACCCUUAUCAAUGCAGAUUGUGUCAAGAAGUAUGAAAUUUAAUGGAAGCAGGAAUACAUUAACAAAUUAGCUAAAAAAAUUGUUCUUCCCCUCUUCACAUCUUCUUAUCUCUGCAUUAUCAAACAAGAAAGAGCUUAGCAAGAGCAAUAUGAAUUAUUUGAAAAUGACAGCAAGCAUCCAACCAUUGAUGAUUUAUAGCAUAUACAGUUUCUUUAUAGGUGUGGAUUAA